CUCAUUUCUCUUGGUGCAGGUACCCCUCCAUUUCCCCUUCGGAGGUCAGGUGACCUCCAGUGAGCUGCAGAGGCCUAGUCGAAGUGAGAAGCCUUUGCCGUCUGGUAGUCAUGACGCAGGUGCCUACACCACAACAGUUCCUGAUGCCCUGUCGCCCCUCGGUGUCCACGAUCCUCUGGUGAGCGAGAUCCUCGGGGUCCGGCCUACUCAGCCUCCCGCCAGCCUGCCGGGUCGAGAGUCGUGCUGGGGAGCAGGGGCUGGGGAAGUUGGCCUCGUCGCCCCGGAUGAGGAGGAGCGGGAACCACGUCGGGAGGCAGUGGGCGAGGAGGGGAACAGAGGGGGUGCCGCCGGAAGCGAACUGGUGGAGAUGGACAUGGAGACGGGCGUCACCAUGGAAACGGCUGACCUCAAGGCGCUGCUGGCUAAUGGCGGGAGGCAGGACCGGGAGGUUGCCAAGCAACUGGCGUCCAAACUGUACCAUCUGGACGGUUUCCGGAGGACUGAGGUGGCCCCCUACCUGGAUAAGAACAACGAGUUCAGUCAAAUGUUGGCCGAGGAAUACCUGCAACUGUUUGACUUCAGCGAGAUGUCUCUCGAUCAAGCUCUGAGGAAAUUCCUGACGGCGUUCGUCCUGACUGGAGAGACACAGGAGCGCGAGCGAGUGUUGGACCACUUCUCCGGCCGCUUCCAACAGUGCAAUCCGGAGACCUUCCGCAGCCGAGACGCUGUCCAUACUAUCACCUGUGCCCUUAUGCUCCUGAACACUGAUCUACACGGACAGAAUCUCGGGAAAAGCAUGUCCAGCCAGGACUUCGUCACCAACCUCGAGGGCAUGAACGACGGCAAGAAUUUUCCGAGAGACAUGCUGAAGGCCUUAUACCAAUCAAUCAAAAACGAGAAACUGGAAUGGGCAGUAGACGCCGAGGAGCUGCAGAGGUCCCUCGUGCCCGACGGCGAUGACCUGCUCAACGUGCCCCGCGUCAAGGCCAAGGGCAACCCCUUCCUGGAGGUGCCCUCCGAUGAGAGAGCCCCCACCUACAAAGAGGGGCUCCUGAGCCGCAAGGUGCACGCCGACAUCGACGGCAAGAAAACUCCGUGGGGGAAGAGGAGGUGGAAAACAUUUUAUGCCAUUUUGAAGGGGACCGUCAUCUACCUCAUGAAGGAGGAGCUCGGGCCUAACAAACAGGCUUCAGAAGAAGCCAUCAGCAUUCACCACUCCCUGGCUUCCAGAGCUGAGGAAUACAACAAGAGGCCGCACGUCUUCCGGCUGAAGACGGCCGACUGGCGGAUCUUCCUCUUUCAGGCCGAGAACGCCGAGCAGAUGAGCUCCUGGAUCACUCGGAUCAACCUGGUGGCCGCCAUGUUUUCCUCGCCCCCUUUCCCGGCCGCGGUGGGCUCCAAGAGGAAGUUCAGCCGCCCCAUCCUUCCUUCGGUCACAUCCAAGCAGUCCGAGGAGGAGCAAUUGGAAUCCCAUGAUGCCAUGCUGCAAUCGAUACUGGACGACCUCGACGACCAUCAGAUGACCUUUCCAGACAGGAAGUGGAAGGCCAAGGACUUUGAAGAAUACAAAGUAAAGCAGGAGUACUUUGAAUAUGAGAAACGUCGCAUCGAGACCUACGUCAACCUCCUGAAGGUCAAGCUGAAUGAGGGGACGGACGACCUGCAGAAGCUGGAGGGCUGCUUGCAGGACUGCGCCGACGGGUUCGGCGGGCUCAAGAAGUCCCACUCCAGCCCCUCCCUCAACCUGGAGCCGCAGACCCCCGUCGUCAAGGUGAAACGCAACGUCUCGGAGCGGAGGACCUAUCGGAAAAUCCUGCCCAGUCGGCGCCGCAAGGCGCUGUGAGGCGGGGGAAAUAGGGAGACCGAGGACUUGACGGUCAACUGUGCCAGGGAAAGAUUCGUUAGCGCUCGCUGAAGGAGCAGGGCACCUUGGGAAAUAUUUGGCCAACUCUCCGACAGCGAUACCGGAAGUUGUUUUAUUUUUGUACUGAAAAUUGCGGGGUCGUUUUUUUUUAAUAUAUAUAUAUAAAUUAUGAUGUUUUUUUUUGAAA